CUUAUUUGGAUGUGUGUACACAGUGCGCGUGUAGCCUCCAUUUCUGAAGAAGACUUGACACACACGAUUUACGUCAAUGAUGCACCCAAUUUCCUUUGAAUACAACACGGGUCGUCUUCUCUCGAUACUGUCCACGUUGGCCGCCCGGGUGUGAAGUGGACACGCUGAGGAUGGACGUCUUUUCAUUUGCAUGUGUUUUGUCCACACCCCUUGCGAGAUAACGACAGGACCAAGCCUACAGUAGUCUUGCCUUCAGAGGGAGAAACUGACACACGGCUCGCCUUCUGCACACAGACUAUCGAAGAUACACUGUAAAUACACUGAGGAGAUAUUUGGUGUCCGUUGCGCGUCGUUUCGCGGGAAAGUCAUUUCCUUGCAUUCGUUUCGAAGGAUUGAACGGACGCAGAUUUGGAUUUAAACAUCGAUGGUACAAGCCCCGGCGACAGACAUGGAGUCCCUCCAGAGCCACUUCCACUAUGUCCCUGUCUGUGCGCCCUACGCGCAGGGUCCUCAGCAGAUCCAUAACUAGGAGCCAGUCCUUCGCCGGAGUCAACUCCUACGAUAAAUCCUUCAGGCCUCUCUCUAUAUUCAGCACCCCAGGGUGUGUGAGGAAGACACCCUCCAGAGGAAGCAGAAUGUUCACCCUGUCUACUAAAUCACCUCCUCCAAAGGUGCCCCAGCCAGAGAGGCUGGAUGAAGUGUACGAGGCCCUAAAGCGAGGACUGCAAUCCUACAUUCAGGUCCAUCAGAUGGAGCUGGACAGUCUGAACAGACAAAUGAAGGAAUCCAAAAGAAAUUCACGCUUGGGGUUUUUGUAUGAACUUGACAAGCAAGUGAAAGUGAUUGAGAGAUUUAUGAGACGGCUGGAGUUCCAUCUCAGUAAGAUCGAUGAACUCUAUGAGGCCUACUGCAUGCAGCGCAGACUGAGAGAUGGAGCCAAUAAGAUGGUGAAAGCUUACACGGCCUCUCCAGGCAGUAGGGAGGCCAGAGAGAGUCUGUCUGAAGCUAACAAGAGCUUUAAAGAGUACACUGAGAAUAUGUGCAUGUUAGAGAGUGAGCUGGAGAAUCAGCUGGGGGAGUUCCACGUCAAAAUGAAGGGGUUAGCGGGUUUUGCACGGCUUUGUGCAGGAGAUCAAUAUGAGAUUUUUAUGAAGUAUGGUCGACAGCGGUGGAAACUACGGGGUCGGAUUGAAAUCAAUAGCAAGCAAGUGUGGGACAGUGAGGAGAUGGUCUUCCUCCCCCUCAUCACAGAGUUCCUGUCUAUAAAGGUGACUGAGCUAAAGAGCCUGGCCAAUCAUGUGGUAGUUGGGAGUGUGUCCUGUGAGACUAAGGACCUGUUUGCUGCCCUGCCCCAAACAGUGGCUGUGGAUAUCAAUGACCUGGGCACCAUCAAACUCAGUCUAGAAGUCUCUUGGAAUCCAUUUGACAAAGAUGACCAGUCAUCUUCAGCUAGCACAGUCAACAAGGCUCCUACCGUCAAUAAACGCUUUUCAACGUACAACCAGAGUCCUCCGGACACGCCUUCUCUACGAGAGCAGGCCUUCUAUAAUAUGUUGAGGAGACAGGAAGAAAUGGAGAACGGAACAGCGUGGUCAAACUCUUCCGAAUCCUCAGACGAUUCCUCCAGUCCUCAGCUUUCCGCCGGAAUGCGGCACGCUCAUAAAAACUUAGUUCAGCCUGCGGUACAAGUUGCUCCGCCAGCCAUCGAAAUCUCCUUUGCCCCUCGUGAAUCAGCCACCUCCACUCCCACCCGCCUGGCCAAUCAGAAGGAAGAGGAUGAGGACGAAGAUGAGGAAGAUCUGAAGAAACCAGCAGCCACUAUAAUAGACACCACUGUUGCUCCUGUGAAACAGGAAGUGCCCAAUGGUCAUCCCCGGUAUUCUCGCUCUCUCAGUCACAUAAGCGAGAAAAGUGUAGAUGGUGUUGUGACAGACAGGUUGUGUGGGGAAUCCUUGGAGACCACUGAGGUGACCUCGACAGCCCCCUGUUUAUUAGAAACUGACGAUAUCCCACAUCGGGCAGAACCAUGUUUUGUUGUUCCAGAAUCUCAGGAGAUCUGUCCCAUUCCUGAUGCCACCACCAAUGAGCCAACCUGCACCGCUGAACCACAAAACUGUAUAGAAAGUAGCAAAACGUGCCAAUCAGCUACUUCUGAAAAAGCUAGACCCAGCUCUGUCUUCGACACAUGCAAAGAGAACGACUCUUCCCCUAAUGCUUUGUCAAAGCAGAUGGACACUGAAGCUAGUAGGACUGAUGACCUCACAAAGACAGAAACGAACAAUGUACUAGUCAAAAAGUCUGAUUCUUUAUCAGAAACUAGACCUACGGACAGUUUGGAGGCACAAUCGCCAGAUUCCUGUUUGGGGGAGGCUCUUAGUGCUGUUAUGUCCUCCCUUGAUGAUUAUAGAGGCCAGUUUCCAGAACUGCAAGUCUUAGAACAAGAGCUGAAACUACUAGAAGAGGCGCUAAGAGCACGGAGUCGCAGUCGCUCGUCCAGUGUCAGUUUGACGGUCGAGACAGCACUUGGAAGCUUCGACUUUCUCAAUACAUCAGACCUGGACGACGAGGAAGAGGAGGAGGAUGGUGAGAGACAGAAUGUGACAGACAGCACCGAGGAGCAGCCAGCGGCUGUGGAGAGCACAGAGGAGGAUGAAGGUUGUGAAGCACCAUGUUGGGACACUCCCUCUACUCCUCUCAGCACAGGAUGCCCGACUCUAGAUCACACCCUGCUGGUUCAUCUGAGGAACUGCAGCUCACAGCUGCUGAGGUUAGGCACAUUCGGGCCUCUACGCUGUGGGGAGAUGUAUGCUCUUGACCGUCUUCUCAGGGAGGCACGAGUCCUCGAGCUCAUACGAUGGGUUGUCAAGGACUCAAAGACUGGGGACAGCCAACCAGAGGAAGUUGUUCCUCAGUUAGAUCAGUGUCAAGGGGCUGUGUUGCUAUGGAGGCAGUGUACGGAUGGCUGCAGUGUGUACAGCACCUCCACAGAGACUUUCAUACAGACACUCAGCAAUGCUUAUGCCAGCAGACUCCCAGAGAGAGGCGCUGGUUUUUCGGAUACAGUGUUCCUGCAUCUGGUGGAACGUAUCCUGCAGAGAAAGUUGCCUAGACGUGGAGGUACGGCCAAAGAGACUCUCACGCUCUUCCAGUUCUGGAGCUACCUGGAAGCAGAUGGAGUGAAUGACCUGGAGGCACACAUUCCUGAGCUUGCUGAAGAAGUGUGGCUUGUUCAAUGCCUACAGUCUGAAGAUCAAGAUGUUCUGGUGAGGUCUUUGAAGAAGCCUCCGGAAUGCAGUCUGAAGAGGGAGGGCCUACGAGCAGUCAGUAUGCUGCUGAGGGACCCUAGGGGAAAGGUUUCCAGUGCUGCCAGCUCCUUGCUACGGAGUCUAGCUGAUCAAACCCGUCACAGGGAGAGGGCGCUGGUGAGCUGUCUGGAGCUUUUGGAGGAUAAAAGCAUUGAGACUCGGGUGUGUGGAUGUAAAGCACUCGCAUGUCUGAAGGCCAAAGAGAGCAUUGAGCAGCUGGUGUAUCUGUGCAGGACAGAUAAAGAGGAUGUGCGGGAUGCUGCCAAACAAGCUCUGCUUGUGCUAGGUGAGGAGGGGAAGGUUGCUCAUAGACAGAUCGAGUCGUCACAAGGUGGAAUGUCACGCCUUUUUUCACCUGGCAGUAUGGCCAGUACAGCUUUCUAACACAAUCAGAAGAUCAGAAAAAAUAUACUUGUAUCUUGGUAUACUCACUGUCAUGAUCAUGCCAAUUAAAACUAUUAAAUGUACACUAUUAAAAAUGCAAAAGUACACUAUUCACCGUACAAGUGCAGUUUCAAAUGACAAAUCAGUGUGAUCCCACUCCCGCUCUCAUGGAGAGUGUCACCAGUGUCCUCCAAGACAUGGACUGAUAUAAUCAAUGAAUGAGAAGAUUUGUACGUCAAGUGUGUUUGUUGUUAAAAUUUUCAGGAUGACCUAAGAUAAACUACUGUAAAGUGAUAAAAGAUGAUACAUAGAGAGAAUGGGGUGGGAAGAGGUUUAUAAAGAAUGUUUUGCUGCCUUAUUUUUUGGCCCAAUGGUGUUGCCUUCACAAUUCAAGAAAGCAGGACCCCGGACAGCAAUACAAGCAGUGACUGUAUUGAUAGUGAUGGGAGAUUAAAGAAAAGUGUUAUUUUCUUGAUGCAAACAGGCAGUAUGUGAUUUUCCACUUUGUAAAGAUUGCUUAUGUGUGUACAUAUUGUUUGGAGAAUGUAUGUUGGUAGUUAGGGGGUCACGCCUCAAGAAAGUAGGAUGGGGAUUACGGAAAGCAUUUCCUUAAUCCCAAAAUAUCAUGGGGACCUUGUUGCCAUCCCAAGUGUAACAGUGCCAUCAUUCCAUAAUGUCAUAUUGUUUAUUGAUGCAGAUUAUAUAUCUAUAUCCCAUUGGAAGUGUAAAUGUUUUGUGUUUAAGUUAAAUGUUAAAAUACUCAAUAGCAAAUGCAUUUGUUGGAUUCACCAUGCACUUCCUUAAAUUUAUGCCACUGGCAAUGUAAUAUCUGCUGUAAAAGUGGUGAAUCUGUUCUUUCUUUCUUUUUCUGAAGAUGUCACCAUUAUUAUGAGUGAAAGAUGUCAACUGUGGUGAAUUCUGCCUUUUGCAGUAGUAGGUUCAGUAAAACUCUCCAUGCUUUUGUGAUAUUUAGUCAUGCUUAUCUCGGGCAUUUCCCCAGUGCUGCUAGACAGAAAGGUUCUGAGUUGGAACCAGGCAUGGUUUAUUUUUUACAUAACACCAUUUUCUAGCUUUGUUUCAGACUUACAUGACAAAGAAUGCCUCUUCAGUGUAUAAGUGCCUCAAAUUAGUAUGGGGAGCAAGAGAUUGAUAUAGAUAUUAUUUAAAACUAAAGACUGUGGUUUAGGAUUCCAAAACUGCAGGACAGAUUUAAAUAUAUUUUUCAUUAUUAUCUACAGGUUGUGCAGCAUUAAAGAAUUGAUUUACUUUUAUUUCCUCUAAAUAUGUAUAUUGUCUGACAACGAUAUUGCUGACAUCAACUGUAAAGGAAACUAUUAAAAUGAUAAACU